UAUGUAUAUACUUGACCAAAUCCUAAAGAAAGGCACUCCUCAUCUACUUCUUCUUCUCUUAAUGGCAGCUGCAGUGGGAUUAAUGCUUGGUUCCGUGGUCUCUUCUUCAUCUUCUUCUACUUCUUCAUCAUCAUCUUCUUCUUCUUCUUCAAAUUGGUCUGUGAGGAGAAGGGGAAAUUCAAAGAGGACAAGUGUUUUGGUACGUUGUGUUGCUUCUGGGAGCCAUAGCAGUGAGUAUAAGACUCUGAGAAUUCAACCAGGUGCUUCAGAGAUGGAGGUCAAGAAAGCCUUUCGCCAGCUUGCCUUGCAGUAUCAUCCAGAUGUGUGCAAAGGGAGCAACUGUGGAGUUCAGUUUCACAGAAUAAAUGAAGCUUAUGAUAUUGUGAUGAAGAGUUUGAGGGAGACAGAAGAAGAAGAGGAAGCAGAACAGAACUCAUGGUGUCAUGAAGAUGAUGAUCAAAUGAGAGGGAUGUAUGACUCCAGUUGGGAUUUGUGGGAAGAGUGGAUGGGAUGGGAAGGUGCUGGCAUUCUGGACUACACUUCUCAUAUCAACCCUUACGUUUAAUAAUUUAAUUUAUUGUGUAAUUAAAUACAAUGAGAAUAUGAUGAGAAAACAUCUUAUGUUUGUAUGUAUGAUUGUAAAUACAACCAGUACAUUUCUGUUGAGUCA